AUGACCACCCAAGAAUUAAAUGAGGUGGUGGAAAGCAAAGCCUCUAUGGUGGUAACCAAAAGCGCCACUCCCGAUUUGAGAGUGGGCAAUCCCGAACCCCGCUAUGUGGAUUUGCAACUGGGCAGCAUCAACUCUAUGGGUUUGCCCAAUCAGGGAUUGAAUUAUUAUUUGGAUUUUGCUCAAAAACACAUGGACCGUACGUUGGUAUCGGUGGCUGGGCUUUGUUUGGAAGAUAAUAUAAGCAUGUUGCGCCAGAUUCAAUCCAUGGAACAACCGCCCAUUGUAGAGCUUAAUUUAUCAUGCCCCAACAUACCAGGCAAACCCCAAACGGGUCUGGAUUUUGAACGCACCCAAGAGGUUUUGGAGCAGAUGGCGGCCAUUUUAAAUGCGUUUCCGUUGCAUUUUGUAACUUGCAUUAACAGCAUUGGCAACGCCAUGUUUAUAGACGUGGCAUCGGAAUCGGUGGUGAUAAAACCCAAAAAUGGUUUUGGCGGAUUGGGCGGGGCAUAUAUCAAACCCACGGCUUUGGCCAAU